UCCUUGAUAGCCGUGGCAAUGGUAUUGUACGGGACGAUAGAUUCACUGAUCGACUUCUUCUCGUUCACGGCGUGGAUCUUCUACGGCGGCGCCAUGCUCGCACUGAUUGUUAUGAGAUACACGAAGCCGCACGCACCGCGUCCGUAUAAGGUGCCAAUAAUUAUUCCGUACAUCGUGCUGUUGGUGUCGACGUAUCUGGUCAUAGGACCGAUAUUGGACAAGCCGCAAUGGGAGUACCUGUAUGCCGCUGCGUUUAUAUUGGGCGGGUUGUUGGUGUAUUUACCUUUUGUUAAAUGGGGUUACUCACUUCCAUUUAUGGAUAAAAUUACUGUUUUUCUGCAAUUGGUGCUGGAAGUUGUCCCAACAUCAACAACUUUCGAAUACUAAGGAGAGUCUGUCGCUAGACUUUAAAAAAGCAUCUUUCAAGUUGAUAACGUUAGAUAUUGUUUUUGUUAUCAUAUUAACAGAGUAUAAUUUAUUUCACAUUUACUGAAUAUAUUUUCACUGCGUAAAAUAAAAGUAUUAUUCUGUAUAGUUUAUUCAAGUAAGACUAUUUUCAAAAUUCUCAAAAUUACUAGGUACCUACACUAAAAUACUAGAUAGCAGAAAAAGUUUUGAAUUUCUUGAAGGUGGUGAAAAAGGUUGUUAGAUCUAUGAUUGGUUGUUAUAAUUUUCGACUGAUAAGUAUGUUCCUCAAACAAAUUGGAUGCUGCUUUUUUCAUGCAAAUACAAUAAAUCUCGAAAGAUUUCAAGUAUGUAUUUAUAGUAAUUAUUAUUUAAGUGAUUAUUAUCACUUUUUCUUUUUACAUGUAAUUUUUUUGUGCGUAUCUACCUUUGUCUGUAUAAACAAUUUAAUUAUAUAAUAUUUAAUGGGUCUGGUAAUUUCACAUGGAAAACCAGAAUUAUAUGUUUAAAUGUGGACGUCCACUAUAAUAUUAUCUAUUAUUUCUUUUUUAACAUUUCCUAAAAUGCUGUUUGUUUCUUCAAGUUUAAAGGCAAUAAUACUUUAUGUGAGUUAAUUAGUUUGAUUAGUGAAAUCAUCGCUCAUUUCAUUAGUUUGCACGAAUCAUUCCUAUGGGGUCAUGUGUGCGAGGUAGCGUUGUCACCUUAUUUAGUUUACCAACUUUUAGCCUUGUCGAGCUGAAUCAAUAAAAAUCACUAGUGAAGGAUGAAAAUGCAUAAAAAUAUGCUACUCAUGGUAUUUAAGUUUCUAAUUAUAUUGUUAAUCGAUUGGACCUUAUGAGUAGACACGUUUAUUUCUAUACAUACAAUUUUUAUGUUACCCUUUGAGCUGGUAUAUCUUUUGUAUGCAUUCAUGUCAAUUAUUUAUAAUUACCUUGAGUAGUAAUUGACGGAGCAUGCUUGUGGCAAAGUGCUACCCGCAGGACAUGGAACCCUAUUCGCGUCACUAUGAGUGAUUGUGCUAAACUCAUAGUUUAUAGCUCAUCGUGUCAUUAGUAGAAACCUUAGAAAUUUAUAGUUUAGUAUUUGUUUUUAUUUUUAUAAAGUUUGCAUCAAUUUACUGUAGCUGUAUACAGGGGAUAUUGUUCAAAAAUGUUGAAUCAAUUAUUUCAAGGUGCUAAGUGGGUAAUUUGUUGGUUUAGCACUUUUAUUAGCAGUCUAAACGCUCACGGUAGCGGCCAUGAAUAGUUCAGAGGAAAAAUUUCACACGGUAUGAUUUUUGUAACAAUGUUAAAUAGUGUUAAAUGUUACUACCGAAUCGAAAUAAUUUAGCAAACCAACGCUCAAUGUAUCAACAUAAACGUAAUCAUUGCAAUGAAAUUGUGUCACAUGUUAUAACAAGUACGCGUCGAGGACCGAGGUGGAGACAAACAACUUAGUUAUCCCCUUUCAAAGACUAAAAUGUGUUUUAAAAAUAGUUUGAAAUUAUUUCGACGAAUGAACUUUGCGACCGGUAAAAUUUGGUCCUAUCAUUCCUUACCGGGGCAAAAGGAAAUCGUUGAUAUUUAUUGCGGUAUUUUUUAUAUUCUAUUGAUUAUAGAUGAGAUUUGUUCAGAUAUUUUACAGUACAUGUUAGAUAUAUUAUGAGCUAUUGUUAAUAUUGUAAGCUUUGAAUUUUGAUAAUUUGCCAAAUUAUUGUGCUAUAUAAACAUCGUGUCGCGUAACGUUUAAUGUUUUUAAGCGUACUACAUUACUAAAGUACCUACUAAGCAAAAACGGGCACACGUGAAGUACACACCUAACGAUGUGAUAUUGUUGUGGAUGAAAUUAAUGGUUUUAUUUUGUUUACAGAAAAAUAUCAGAUAAUAUCAAACCUAUACUUACAUAAAUAUGUGUGUACUUAUCUCUGUAAGAGAACAGAAUUAUUUAUUGUUAUACACUACCAUUGAAAUGAAAUUUUAAAUAAAGAUAUAAAUCCCAAA